GCGGCAGAUGUCGACCGAAGGAGUCGUCGGUGCGAGCGCCGAGAGCGCUUCGCCCGCGCCUCCCCUUAUCCUUAUCACCUUAUCAGUCCUUAUCAGUUACUCAUCGCGAAACCGAUCGCGUUUCGGUUUAAUAUAACUGCAAAUACCAGUGAUUAGUUCGAAACCGAUCAUGAUCGACAGAUUUUUUGUGAUCGCAUUGUUUAACUUGUGCAGUUUCUUUACUGUCGGAUAUGUAAGCGGUCAAGCUCAAGAACAGCUAUUAAACAAGUUGGCAUGCAUUCAAAACGUAGAGUGUGGACCAUGUCUCUCCGCCGCCAGCCACUGUCGCUGGUGCGCGGACCCCUACUACAGUCCAACUGCUCCGCGAUGCAAUGACGAUUCAAGUCUGGUAGCCACGGGAUGCGGUCAGGGUAUGAUUCAACGUCCUAUCAAACCAGUAUGGGAAGUGGCCGAAAAUCGCUCGCUCCAAGAUAUGUUGCUCGACAGUCAUGAAGCAGUUGUGCAAAUACAGCCGCAAAAAAUAAAGCUUUCGUUGAAACCCCGCGAAACAAGAAAAAUAAAAUUUUCAUUCAGACCUGCCAAAAAUUACCCUUUAGAUUUGUAUUACUUAAUGGAUCUCACAUGGUCAAUGAAGGACGACAAAGAAACCUUGGUGUCCCUAAGAGAUGACCUGCCAGCUUUAUUGAAGAAUUUAACAGAUAAUUUUAGAAUAGGAUUUGGUGCCUUUGCCGAGAAACCAGUGAUGCCAUUUAUAAGUGUCGACCCACGAAGACGUGCGAAUCCUUGUACCGUGGAGGAGGUGGCGUGUGAGGCAACCUACAGCUAUAAACAUCAUUUAACGCUAACAAAUCAGGUAAACGAAUUUAUUGAAAAGGUUAACAAGAGUUCAGUGACAGCAAACUUAGACAACGCUGAAGCGCAAUUAGAUGCUCUCGUGCAAGCAAUAACAUGUGAUAAGGAAGUCGGUUGGUCUCCCCACAGCCGAAAAAUAAUUAUCUUGCUCUCAGAUGGACUCUUCCACACAGCGGGUGACGGAAGACUAGGUGGUGCUUCCUUAAAAAGCGAUGAACAAUGCCAUCUAGAUAAAAAUGGUUAUUAUUCCGAAGCCGCUGUGUACGAUUAUCCGUCGAUAGCACAAGUAUACCGACUGCUAGAUAAAUACAAGGUGAAUGUAAUUUUCGCGGUUACAGAAAAUGUGAAGGACCAUUACGACAGCCUUCACGAGCUGUUGAUUGACUUCACCUACGUAGCUAAAUUGGAGAGCGACAGUUCGAACAUUCUCAAGCUAGUCAAGAUGGGUUAUGAAGAUAUCGUGAGCGUCGUUAAUUUUGAGGAUGACUCCAGUUCCGGCCCUAUAAAGGUUAAAUAUUUCACCGACUGCGGAGUGAAAGGGGGGUCACUGAUAGAAGCGAAGCGGUGUACCGGCGUUGAAUAUGGCAUGACGCUUAAUUACGAGGCCCAUGUCAGUUUGGAAUCUUGUCCGGAAUACAAAAUGAUGCAUCAAACGAUAAAAAUAUCUGAGAGUCAACUGGGCCAGGACACUCUCACCUUAGAUAUAGAUAUCCAGUGUGGAUGUAUGUGUGAGAGCGACAAGCAGAAGGACAUGGUUCUUACCUGUCCGAGGAACUCUCAUCUUGUUUGCGGUGUUUGUCAAUGUAAUAAAGGAUGGUCUGGUCCAUUAUGCGACUGCUCCAUAGAAGACGAGAACAAGUCUGCUGAACUGCAGGCUCAGUGUCGCGAACCGAACGCGACGCGCUCCCUCGUCUGCUCCGGAGCAGGAGACUGUAUGUGCGGCCAGUGCGAGUGCGACCGCGGGUACAGCGGGCGGUACUGCCAGUGUAAGGAGUGUGUGAUUAGUAGAGAGAACGGUCUCGAAUGCGGCGGGAUAGAACACGGCGUGUGCGUGUGCGGUACGUGCGCAUGCGCAGACGGCUGGGGCGGGGCCGCGUGCGACUGCUCCGCCAGCACGGACGCCUGCGUCGCGCCCGCCUCCAGCGACGUGUGCUCCGGACACGGGGAGUGUGUUUGCGGUCAAUGCCAGUGUUCCACUGCCAACGAAGAUGGACUUGUAUAUUCUGGACUGUUUUGUGAAACAUGUGCAACUUGUGAAAACCCUCUCUGUGCUAAUGCAGAGCCUUGUGUGUUGUGCCAUUUGAAUAGCAGUUGCACUGAUCUUUGUGCAAUUGGAACCGUCAAUUAUACUGUUAGUGAGAGGCUCAAUGAAGAAACCUCAAACAGCGAUGACACGUCAUGCAUAUUACGACGUCAGGAAGAAGGCCUCGAGUGCGAGUACAGGUACACGUACAAGGCUGCUAUUAAAUCCAUGAUAGCGAUGGAGAUCAUAAUCAGGAGCAAGGAAUGCUCACAACCAACAAGCGCUAAGAUCAUGACGACAUCGCUCAUAAUAAUGGCGUGCGUUGUAGCUGCUGGUAUUAUAUUUAUAUUCUUUAUUAAAUGUGCACAAGUUGUAUCCGAUAGACGCGCAUACGCCAAGUUUUUGCAGGAAGCGCAAGAGAGCAGAAAGAAUACAAGAAUGCAAGAACUGAAUCCUCUGUACAAAUCUCCCAUCUCAGAAUUCCAAUUACCGGAGUCAUAUCCGAGAGAUCGACACGAUUUAUAA